AUGUCCUCGGCCUCUCAGCUCCCGCCUCCAUCAUACUCCCCCUUCCCAGGGGAGACCGAAAGAACCCUAUCGCCAGAUGACACCCCACCAGUGCCUCCAUAUUCCCCCCCAUCCAGCGAAAUAGCAAACUACCCCUUUCACCAAAUGUCAGCGGAGCAAGUCGUAACCUGGCUAAAUGCAAAAGGGGUAUUCUCACCGCUGGAUUACCCAAGUAUCUUUGGUAUUCCACUAUGGUAUAAAAUGGUAGAAAGACGAUUGGAUGGAGGUUCAGUGCUUAAGUUUGGACUUGUGCAUUCGUUUUGGGAGGAAAUGGUGGGAACACUUGAGGCGCAGAGAAUUGUCAGUCUUAUUGCUAGGAGCCUUACUAAUGCUGGUUAGUUUGCCUUGGGUUGUGGGAGGUGUGGAGGGGACAUGAGGGGGCUAAUGUAUUAAGAGGAAUAGGCAAGCCUAAAUCACGCUACUCCCCAAUGGAGAAUGUGAUCAUUGACCUUUCCCCCGUGUGGUAUCAACGGAGAGUCAAUUGCUAACAUUGGAGUGUCAAAUCUCAGUAUAAACGACACCUGUGCAAUUACUACCGCCUAAAACACGGCGUCUCUAAAGACGCGAAAGUUCCAGAAUCUGCGCUGCGGAGUUUAAGACAAGAUUUGCCACCAUGGGACGUGAAUCCAGAAUCAGCCCCUCACGCGCACUUUGUCAACUAAUUUUGUCUGGAAAUUUAGGUAUUACCAAGAACCGCCUCCCAAAUAUCGCCGAAAAUCUGGCACUCGCGGUGGCCAGAACCCAACGCAAGUGCC